AUGGCAACAAAGAGUUUUAUUGCUGAGAUUUUGAAGACUGUAAUAUUUGAUGGCACAAACUACGCCUCAUGGAAGCGCAAGAUAGGCUAUUCGCUCUAUGAGGAGGGUUUGAAUAAUAUUCUCAUUGAGGCUUCACCAUCUCAGCCUAGAAUAAAUGCACCUCAGGCUAUAAGAGAUGCAUAUGUUGAGUGGGAGCAUAAAAAUAUGCUCCCAAAGCAUAAUAUACUCAUGUCUAUACAUUACUUGUAUGCAUCUGAGUAUGAGGCGAUUAAAACCAUGGGGAUGCAUGAUCGACUUGAGAUGGAAUUUGUUGAUCCUUCUCUCAUGAGAAAAACCUUGGCCAUGAAAAAAUACAACGAUCUAAAGAUGGCCAAAGGAGAAAAGAUUGCUGACCACAUGCACACCUUCAGAGCACUAGUCUGA